UUCACCAUCAGAGAGGAUGUGGCUCCCAGUAACCAGGUCUGGUACAAGGCUAAUGCCACAGGCAAUGACAGCCCAGAUGAUUACGUCAGCUACUCCUUGUCUCCAUCAACUCAUUUUACAAUAUCUAAAUGUGAGUGUCUUGUAAAGAAUAUGGUUAUAAGGGCAGAUUUCCAACAUUUUUAUCUCCUAGCAAGUUUAAGUUAAGUACUUGCAAACUCUACCCCCACCACACCCCCAAUAUAAAUAAAUUUUAAUUAAUAAAAUAAUCUAUAUGAAAUCAUUAUGAUGCUAUUCAAAUUAAGUUCAAUAAUUUUUGAAAGUUUUGAAGAGCAUGUACUUCAUUCUAUUUGUGCCUCAGAUUUAUCCUCAAUCUGGUUUCUCACAAUCUUAACACACAGACAUUCUAUUUUCUCCUCAUCUUUGAGGCUUGAGUCCUGCUGAGUGAUUCGUUGUUAAGGAUAGAACUUAACCUGAUUAUAACAGUCCAAUUGAAAUUAAGGAUUGGAGAUAAAUUAUCGUCUUCUACAAAUUAACCUUUUAAGAGGCAACAUUUUGUUUUUGAAAGUUCACUGUCGUCAAUUUUUAAUUUUUUUUAAAAGGAAUGCUAAUAGUUAAAUUCUCAUAAGCUUGUUUUGAGUCUUGGUAACAUUUAAAUAGCAAGAUAGCUUUUCUUAUCUGUCAUGAAAAUUUACUGAGCAAUGAUUUUUGUUAUUUGAUCCUCUUCUUGAUUAGUGACUGGUGAAAUAUUCCUGAAAACUCUUGCUCCGGACUACGAGGUUUAUGGGCCGCUGUAUGCUCUAAAAGUUUGUGCUGAAGACACACCUAACCCCACAGCUUUCACAGCCUGUCAGAACAUCAGUGUCACUAUCAUUGAUGUCAACGACAUGAUGUAG